UUAACAACACCCAUAUAAAACAAACAUUUACUCAAAGUAAAUUUUGUGUAUAAGUCCAACUACAAUAAUUCUAAAUGUGAAUUGUGCAAUAAUUUACCAAGAAUUUCUAUAAGAAAUUUAUAAGUGAGAGCAACCGCAAAUACAUAUUUUAUAUGUAAUAAAAUUGAGAUAAUAAAUGUUAUGCAACUUAGAGUUAUAAAGUAAAAGUAAAAAAAAGUAAUAGAAUCGAAGUGGAACGAAGAUACAUACAUUUAUGUACAUACUAUGUACACAAUGUAUGCACGCAUACACACGCAGGCAGUCCACCAAUACCACGGCAUCCCAUGUACAUAACGGAGCCUGCUGAGACCUCGAAAGAAUACGAGAAAAUACCACGCAAAAGGAACGGCUUACAUUUUGCCGCCAAGUUUUUAGCGACAUUUAGCGACUGCAGCACUCAAAGAAAAAAGAAAAACCCCACCAACCGAAGAGAAAAGAACCGAAACGAAACGAAAAGAAAUCAGAGCCCAGAGCACAGCAUUCCAAUCUGAUUUUAAAUGCGAACCAACAGCCACCUACCUGAAAGUCGCGAGCAUCAUUAGCGCCCCCAUCCGUGGCACCUACAAACAUAUACUCACCGUACUCGCACACUCACACGCACGCAAGCGCAGGUCUUGGAGCUAACACAACUAUUUUCGCUUUUGAUUUGGCUUUUGUUUUAUUUGCGCAUCGAAAAUGUGGAGGAAAGCGACCAAUUUGGUCGUGGAAGCACCAGCAGCACCAGCAUCAACACCAGCAGCAUGGAGGAAAACGCGUCGUCAGGGACAAGCAGGAGCAACGCCAACAGCAACGGCAACAGCAACAGCAACAAUCAGCCGAACGAGGAUGUCAACUGCACAGGGAUUAAGCAUCACAUGGUCACAGUUGGAAGUUGUUGUUGCUGUUGCAAUGCUGCUGAACUGCCUCGUCUGUCAAGCUGCCAGACGAGCCCCGCCAGAGCCCUACUAUGGCCGCUACAUCGGAGAUUUUACGAACUUUGCGCAUGGCAUCAAGGGUCACAUCUAUGCCGUGGAUGAGUCAACGAUGUUCGUCAAGUCGUUCGCCUACGACGGCACCGGACCGGACGCCUUCUUCUGGGUGGGCAAGACGCCGCGCCCCAGCCCCGAUGGCUACAUCAUACCCUAUCCGGAGGAGUACACGGGCGUGGAUCCACCCAUUUUGCAGGCCCACAAUAAAACGGACAUCAUACUGCGCUUACCCAUGGGCAAAAGGAUUAAGGACAUUCGCUGGCUGUCAGUGUGGUGCAGACGCUUCACGGUUGAUUUUGGUGAGGUAUUCAUUCCACCUAAUCUGGACAUACCCAAGCCGCGGGUACUGCCCGAGUUCAAGCGUCUGGCCCAUGGCCUGCGGUCCAGCAACAUCAGCGUGCUCGAUGCCAAGACCUUCUACAUACCGAACCUGCACUACGAUGGCGCCGGACCCGAUGCCUACUUCUGGGUGGGCAACGGCAGCGAACCCAACAUCAUGGGCAUAAAGGUGCCAAACGAGGUGGGAUCCCUGGAACCGCUGCGGGGCUAUCAGGGCGAGGAUAUUGAGAUUCAGCUGCCGGGCAGUCUCACCGUCUACGACAUCGACUGGCUGGCCGUGUGGUGUGUGGAGUACAGGCACAACUUUGGACACGUUUACAUACCGCGGGACAUGGAUGUGCCGCCAGCCCUGGGCCAGACCAAGAUCACGCCUCCAUGGUGGUAUUCACCCACCACGACCACGCCCAGGCCCGUGUACAGCAAUUGCCGCGAGAUUCUGCCCAACAAGCUGCAGGUGAAGUGGGAGCUGCAGGGUGAGUAUCUGCAGGUAGAGCUCUUCGGCCGCAUCACGGAGGAUCAGUACAUGGCCUUUGGCCUCUCGGGUGCCAACGGGCGUGCUCAGAUGUCCCAGUCCGAUGUGGUGGUGGCCUUCUACGACACCAAUGCCCGUGUGUUCCGCGCCGAGGAUUACUUCAUCUCCGACUUGUCCCAGUGCGAUGGACAGCGCGGCGCCUGUCCCGACGAGCGCAUUGGAGCUCGCAAUGAUGUGCAUGUGUUGAGCGGGGACCGGAAGAACGGAGUGACCAGCAUCCGAUACAAGCGCCUGCUGCAGACGAACGAAGUCAUCUACGACUCGGCCAUACCCAUCGACCGCGAGGUCUCCAUUAUUGCUGCCAUUGGACCGCUGAAUGCCCGCAAGGAGGCCAAUGCCCACUCGCACACCGCCAGCGACCACAACCAGGAGGACAUUCGCAUCAACUUCUCAGCUCGGAACGAUCAUUCGUGCAAGAGUUCGCUGUACGAGGUGAAGGACGAGAGCGGACCCAGGCCAUGGCCCACGCGAAAGAUCGAAGGUGUCAGGAAGUUCCGUGCCAGCAUUGGGCCGACGGGUGGCAAGCGAGGCUACACGGCCAUCACGGGUGUGCCCUCGUGGGGCAUUGCCUGGUAUGUGAACGAUCUGCUGAUACCUGAGAUCACAGUGGAGCGUGGCCUGAACUACGAGUUCACCAUCGAAGGCGGCAGCGAUCCCGCCCAGCCAGCUAGAUAUCAUCCAUUCUACAUCACGGACUCACCGGAGGGCGGCCUGGGCCAGAAGAUGGGUCUGGAGGCGCGUAAACAGAAGGCCUACGCCGGUGUGGAGUACGACGAGGAUGGCAAUGCCAUACCAACGGCCGCUGGACGCUAUUGCGAGUGGGAGCAUCUGACCGUUGAUCGUUCAGCGGAGAUCGAGACCUUUGAGGAGUAUGUCAAAACGUUGGUCUUCAAGUGCGAGGACGGAGAGCCGGGCUAUCUUAACUGGACGGUGCCCAUGAAUGCUCCCGAUCAGCUGUACUAUCAGUGCUUCACCCACAAUAAUCUGGGCUGGAAGAUCAACGUGGUGGACAUGGGUGCAUCUUGUGGUUCGGUUGGCAGUCGGGGCCUCAUGGUCUACAUAAUUUCAACAGUCUUUGGUCUGGUUGCGACACGCCUUCUUCGCACUGGCCAUGUACUUGCCUGAUAGUGUUCUGGCCAUAGCCAGCUAAUUGGUAGAAAUUAGAGUUCAACUUCAAAAUGAUCGACAGACAAGGCCUCUCACAUAUCCUAGAACACUUUACAUAUCCCUCUGCCCUACCCAUUCCAUGGUUUUUCUUCCCUUCUCUGAGUCCUGGCGAAUUUAUGUCUGAUUCUGCAAGCAAACCCGGAGCCUUGUCUGUUGGGCAUUUGUGGGCCAUUAGGCGACAUUCACAACCAGGCUAAUAUCAUCUGAAAAACAUAUCUUGAUAAUAAUUCAUAAGAUGUAAAACUGUUGAAAUUAUGUGUGCAUGCGUGAGAGUGUCCACUGUAGAGAGCGGAAGCCGCUCCUGUGCGGUUGAUGGGAAUAGAAAGGAAAGGAACCCUUUUGUAAAUUUACGAGUAUGGAAUUCUACUUUUUUACAUGUACACUUAUUAACUUUACUUAUACAUCUACAUCUCUAGUACCGUACAAUUGUAAUUUUUAUAGAAACUACGAACUACAACAGCAACUAAAUUGCGAAGAAUCCAAAAGAGAUUCCGACAAUAAUUACGCGACACAAUGACAAUAAAUUGUAAUGCAAAAUUGAAGAUGAUAAUAAAAUCGAAUAAACCCUAGCUGGGCCCGCAACUGAAGCCCAUUGGCAUUGUACAAUAGGAACUAUAAUUAAUAUACUAAACACACUUAUAUAAGAAUUAAGGAAAGGAAAGGCAGAGGCAAAGGCAAAUGCAAUUUGUAAGACAAUAAUACAACUCUACAGAUAUGUGAACUUUCGAGAAAGUUGUUGGGGUGGACAAUACAAUAAUUUUACACAACUUGAAUGUACUGAGAGAACUAAAGAGCGAAAA